AUCAAGUCAGCAGCCAUCUUCAGGUAUGAUUUUAACUUUCUAGUUGAUGUUCCUUCCUUCUGAAACUAAGCUUCCCUCAUAAGAAAUGUUACCGCACUACCCAAGCACAUACUUAUUGAUGUUUCCACCAUAUUUGAAAUUUCAGAAGUGCAAAACGGAUUGCCUAAUUGAUCAGCUAUUAACUAUGCCCACCAACUCUUUGAAGAACUAUUCAACAUCUCAAGAUAGUGAGGGAAGUUCCAGGUUCAAUAUGAGGUCUCAGGGAGCUAGAAAUCUUAACCAACUAAGCAGUGGUAGUGCCUCACCAGUUGGUUUGGGUGUUCAUAGAAAUGGGAGCAGCACACCAGGUCUUGGUGGAGCUGCUAUUAGGGGACCAACAUCUAGUACUAGUAAUGGCAAUGCUAAUGGUUAUGGUUAUCGGUAUGGUAGUGGCAACACUAAUAGUUAUUGUGACAUUAAUCAUAAUGGUUAUGGUUAUGUUAUACUGAUGGUAAUGGUGGUCAUGGUGGAGUUCUAACAGAUGGGAUCAUGUCAAGUGCAUCACUGCCGUCCAACCUAGCACAACCAGUACAGCAGACAAUGCCCACUUCUAAUUUAUUUUCAAGUAACACGGUGCAUGCCAUGGAUAAUCCAAACCAUGUAAGGCAACAAGAGCUUGUCCCAUGGUUAUAUCAACUCAGCUAUGACUGCAGAAAUGGAGGGAUAUCUAUGUCGCUUUGGCCUCAGGAUGAUGGUACUGACCCUCUUAUAAGGUAUCAGGGUGAGAAGGACGUGAUGGAAAAUACGGCAACUAUCGACAUGACCCAUGGAAUUCAGAAUGUUGCAGCCAUGGAUAUGAUCCAUGGAAUUCAGAAUGCUGCAACCAUGGACAUGCCACAAGGAAUGCAGAAUGCUGCAAUUGGGGAGACGGCCAAGGAUGGAGAUGGUCCUGCUGGUCAGACCGGUGCAGUGCAGCCUCAUGGCCUCGGCAGUGAAGUUUUCAACUGGGAGAACACUAGUUUUGAAACAGCUGGUACAUCAGGUGGAGGAGCAAUAGUAACAGAUGAAAUGCUUGAUUGGCUAACUACCGAUGAAUUUGAAAACCUUACCAAUUGGUCUGAACUCUGAGGGCAUGGAGGAGUCGUGGGAGCAUACAUAGAACAGAAAAAAAAAGCAUGAUAUAUGUCAAUUUUGCUCCGGUGAAUGUUUAAGAAAGCUUCGGUGCUAGAAUUUGUUUCUUUUGUCUUGGAUGUGGUUUAUUAUAAACUGGAUUGAGAUAAACUGAUAGUGGUUGGACAGAAACAAAAUUGAAUCUCUUUUAUGCGAUCCAUUGACAUUUUCCUUA